AUGCCGUCCGUUUGGAUGACAGACAACCAAAAAAUUGGUGUCAUAUUCUGCUCCGGUGGAGGAUUAUUCUUAUUCGGCGGCGUCCUAAUGUUCUUCGACCGGUCUCUACUCGCAAUGGGCAACAUCCUCUUCCUGAUCGGCCUAACACUGAUAAUCGGCCUCGAAAAAACCCUCGCCUUCUUCUCGCGCCGCCAAAAGCUCAAGGGCACCGCCGCCUUCGUCGCGGGCAUCCUCCUCAUCCUCAUCCGGUGGCCGCUGAUCGGGUUCUUCGUCGAGCUGUACGGUCUCUUCAUACUCUUUGGUGACUUCCUCGUGACGAUUGGCCAGUUCGCUGGGAAUAUUCCGGUUGUUGGACCGUAUAUUAGAAGUGCGUUGGAGACGUUGGCUGGCGGGCGGAGGAAUGCGGAGUUGCCUGUUUAG